ACGCAUUCAAACUUCGACGAUGACACCACUCUUGAAAAUGCAACACUGAGUAGGCAUUGUGGUCAACAUCUAUUCGCUGAAAAGAAACGAGUAAAAAGCUACACGAAUGCGCGGCGUUACGUUGUGAAGUGGAAAAUUAAUUUCGUGAAAUUUACAUGUUUUUGUGUAUAAUUGAUAGAAAAUUUUAUCAAAAAAGUGAAAACGAUACAUAAAAGUUGCGUAAACAAUUAAGAUAUAUUAAAAGUUCUAAGUAAUUUUUGCAAAAACAUUGUGGAAAAAAAGCGCUCCGGAAUCGGAAAAUUCGUCGUUUGCGUCGUGAAUCACAUACUCUGAAUAUAAUAGAAAGCGAAAAGUGAAUCUUUUUACAAGUAUAGAAUAUUGUGUAUUGAAUUUAAUAUAAGAAUUUCUUAAACAAUACAAAUUAGAACAAUGUCUGAGGUUGAGAAUAUUAGUGAAAUCCAGCAGAAUACUGUACCAGUCGAACAGACCCUAGCAGAGGUAGAGACAGCGAGUACUCCAGUGUCGGCUGAGACAGAGACGCCAGCUGCGACUGAAAAGCAAGUGGUCAACAACAGCAUUGAAGCUGAAUCUGGUGCCGGCGAUGCGGAUGCGGGCACGAGUGCUGCGGAGGAGGCCAAAGCGGCGGAAUCUUCACCAAAAGUGGAAAGCACAAAGAAGACACCCGUAAAACGCACUCCUUCAAAGCGAAUGUCAUUCAUAGAACGAGCACAAAAGGAAAGCGAGGAACUUGUUAAGAAUAUGGGUGGCAGUUUGGAGUUGGAGGGUGGACGACGAACCCGCUCAAGCGCACGUGGUACACCAACACGAGCUACAGCUGUUUCAACUCCGCCACCCACCAAAAAGGCACGUACUUCGCCGGCUACUGCCAGCAGCACUCCAUCUCGAGUUCGUGGUCGUGGUCGAAAAAUAGACAUAUCAGAAGAUUUAGAAGAGGCUAAAGGGUCAGCCGAUAUAUCCUCGGCUAAUACGCCUGAGAAGUCUAAAACGCCCAAUAAGAAGCAAGAAGCUUCAGAAAAAUCCAAUGACAAAGAGGAAAAUGUGUCCGAACCAACUGUUGAAUCUACUCCUGCCGAGGACGCGGAAAAAGCCACCGAUGAUAAAAAAGAAGAAACCAAGGCAUCUGUAUCAAAUGAGGAGAAGUCGGAAGAUAAAACAGAUACUAAAGCUGAACUAGAAUCUAUUUCCGAAGAAAAACUGAGCGAUGAUCAACCAGCCAGUAAAGAAGCUGAAAAAUCGGCACCAGUAGCCCAGAAGGAUAAAGAAACACCAAUGGAAACAGAUGAUUCUUUGCCUGCGGAUGAACCAAUAGAGACGGCGUCCAGCGCCCCCGAGCCAACACCAGAAGAAGAACCGAAAGUUGAAAGUGUAACAGAGGGAACUGCAGAACCAGCCACCGAAGAAUCAGCUCCAGUAACGGUGCCAAAACAACUUACUCCUGAACCAAUGGAAGUCGAUUCAAAUUCAAAGAGUAGUGAUGUCGAGCUAAUUGAAACUGUGCCACCAGUUGCAGUUGAAAAUUCAACUGAAGUUUCGGCACCGAUCAACGUAGCAAUAAAAACUGUUGCGCCGAUUACUGAAAUUCAAUCGGUUCAGGAAACGAACAUUGUUGAGAUAAAUCUCUCAGAUUCGGAAUCCGAUACCAAGACCAACAAUGUAGACAACAAUGAAGACGCUAAAUUGGAAGAAGCAGUCCAAGCGCCGACUGCUAGGGAUAUGGGCAAUGCAGAAUCAAACGCAAAUGCGUUAAAUACAGCAAAUGAAAUCGAAACUAACGCAAAAGCUGAAGUGACUAUUGAAGUCCCUGUCGCCGUCGAUCCCGCCGCUACAGAAAGCGGGGUCAAUAAUACCAAUAAUGAUGAUAUUGCUAAACCACAAAAUGAUUUAUGUGUACCAAAAGUCGUAUCGCCAUCGAUAAAUAAUGCAAAUAAUGAUGGAACUGUAACAACGAUUUUGUAAAUGCGACAUAAAUCAACGUCUAUUGCUAUUGCUACAAUAGUCAACAGUUAUAAUGCCACGUCGUGCAACAACAAAUGCAGUUAAAACAACCACAAUAUGGACACAAAUUCAACAAAAUUUAAAAUUGUAACUGGAAGGAUUAUCCAGAGAAGUAAGAAGUUGCCUGGUUGGCAAGCCAUUUUUAUGCACGAAUGUCUACCACACAACCCGCCUGAAAUAAUUAAAUUUAAUAGACGUUUAGUUUUAUUUCUAUUUCUAUUUUCAUUUUAUUUUUUUAGAUCUUUUCUCUAUUUUUCAUGGCAAAUAUUCAAUUAACCAAAUUGAAGGCCCUUCAACGGAUUAGAGUUAAUACGUAGUAUGUAUGUCACGCUACACAUUUUAUUUUUUUUCUAAUUGGACAACAGAAAACAAAAAAAAAAAUGUAUAAUAAUAUAUUAUAUAUAUGAUUAUAUGCAAAGCUAAACAAUACAACUAUUUUAGAUGAUAAUGACCAUGCAAAACAAUAAACAAAAAACCUAAACAAUCAUUUAUUGUUUUUAUUGCAAAUUCUACUAAAUAAUGCAGUACGUUUUAUAUAAAAAAAAAGAAAAAUAAUCAGUAAAAAAGAAACUACAAAUGUAACAAUUGACAGAUGUGCGUGCGUGUGUGUGGGAAAUUUUAUAUAAUUAAAAUUUACUGCAAAAAAUUGAAUUUCAACUUAAAUAAAAUAUAAGUAAUGCUGUAUAUUAAAGCGAUUAAAUAUCAAGAGCAAUAAUAUAAUAAAAUUAGACUAACAUUAAUUAUAAAAUUAAAUUUUGGAGACAAAGAUAUUAAAAAUAUUCGAAAACUUAAAAAAAAAGAAUGUAUGCACUCGCCAUAAAGCCAUUGUUUUAAAAUUUUUUCAGUAGUCUUAAACAGAAUUUCUAAAGAAAAAAAAUAUUGCCUGCUUUCCAUUUAACAGUUUAGGUUUUACACGGCAAAACCUUGCCGGUUUAGGUUAGAAUUGCAUUUCUGAAAAUAGGGGUUUUGAAUUAAAAUCACUGAAUUUGCAGCAAAAAAACUAUCAAAUAUUUAUUUUUGUUUUUUUUUUCAAAUUGCUCGUUUAAUAAUAUAACGAUGUAUUUCAAAAUUUCAAUUUUGUGGAAAAUCGCAAUCAAAGUUUUAUCAAUUCACACAGUGGGUACACAUAUCUUCGUCAUAUUUGGGAAGUUAACAGAUAACAAUAAUUUUGAUUUACAUCUCUAUAUUAUUAAACGAGCGAUAUAUCUAAAUGUGCUUAGUUUUUUUUUUUACAGGAAGCAGUAAAGCGGACAUUUUUCGACCUGCCAGCGGGUCGAACGGAAAAUGACCUAACUUAUUUACAGUUACAUAUUUUCGAAUGCUUCACAUACAUAUAUAAGUGCUACAUUAUUUCCGAAUUAAGUUUCCACAAAAAAAGCAGAAAAUAUUUCGUUCGACUCAAUAUGCAUUAUUAAAGGAAUUAUUAUAUUACUCCAUGCACCGGUACACAUUUGUUUUGGUCCCUUCUUCUUUUGCAUGCUUUCAUAAUUGUAUGCGUAUAAAGAUUCUCAAUAAAUAUUUAUCAGCAGCGCAUAAUGUUU